GUUCGCCCAUGAACGAUGGAAGCGCGCUCCCGAUACUUCAGGUGAAUGAGAGGGAAGCAGAGGAGCGGGAUACGGUUCACUGUGCGUCGCAUUAAAAAGGAACAAUUAGAGGAAAAUGAGUUGUGUUACGUCGCUUGGGGCGCAUGUUUUUGUGACAACAUAUCUACUCUUCGUGACGGGAUGCGUUGCACAGAAAGUAUACUUUGACUGCGGUGCCAAGGUGGAUGUGGUAGAUGUCCAAGGACUCAUCCUGUCCCCUGGCUUCCCCUACAACUACUCUUCUGGGACACACUGUGUUUGGCAGUUCUUUGUGCCCGUUGAUUACCAGCUUAUUCUGGAGAUAUUUGACUUUGAUGUGUUUGAAAGCCAUGACUCUGCUGCACAGUACUCUGCUAUCUCUAAUUUUGAAGAGGAAGAGGCAGAUGAAGAGGUGACUUUCGAAGCUGGCAGCUUAGUGGUGGAUGAAACCUCAUCAGCAGCUAAACAUCCUAUGCAGAGUGUAGGGGAUGUCACAAAGACUCCGCAGUCCUCCCAAGAAGGCGAGGUCAAGCAAGUAGUGGUCCAGGAACAGUCCACAAAGAUGGAGAUUGCCAGAGUCUCAAAUUCUGCUAAAAGAUCUGCAGAUGCGUCCUCUGGUCUAUCUUCACCACCUCCUCCUUCUCUUCUUCUCCUACCUGGGGCUGUAUCUCCAGGAGACAAGGCUGUCAACUCCGCCUCCUCGUCUCGCCUUAGGGGAGACCUAAACCCCAGUUCUGACCCUGUUGUGGAGGAGACAACCCUUGCCUUGUCACAUGCCACUGAUACUCCAGCUGUGAGCCCUGAAACCCAGCACUCUGUGUUUGACGCGUGCCCCCAUGAUGUCCUCUACAUCUCAGACCUCAUCACCUUCUCCUCCAGGUUCUGUGGGUCCAACCGGCCUCCUAGCAGUCAGCUGGUUUUUGGCUCCAGUCAGGAGAUGGUGGAGGUCAUCAUGGAGCUCAUCACUACCACGCACUGGGGCCGCGGCUUCGCUCUUCUCUUCCACUACCACAACCUGACUGAGCCAGGGGGGGACCGCCAUGCCUCCGCUCCAUCAGCCAGCAAGGUAGACUCUCUGCUAGCUGCUGUGAGUGGAGCUGCCUUCUUCGCUAUGAUACUUACAAGUGCCCUCUGCAUUGUUUUCAGACCCAAACUGUGUCCAAAAAGAGCCAGCUCCUGUGCAUCCAGCAACUCUGAGGUGCCAGAGGGAGUCCAGAACACUGGGGCCGAGGUCAGCGAACUGCAGCUAAUGGCUGAAAAUCUGAACAACCUGGAGGCGACAGCAGAGCAGGACAACAACAACGACAGCCCACCACACACAGUCAGUGCUGGUGGUGACAUUUCCCAGAGUUCAGAGGUGGACCUCUCCUGCAGCGGUUUGACUGAACUUGAUCUUGGUGCGGAUGAGGUUUUCAUUGUAUCUUCAGCCCCUAGCCCAAGCAGGCUACCCUUCUCACCUCACACACAGCGGGAGAGAUUUCUACGGCACAGUGACACCAGUCCAAGCCCUACAGCUGACUGGCCAUCACCAGAAUCCACCAUGUCACCCAAUAACGCCAGCUUCACCAAGGAUGGCAGCAGUGCCAGACCAAGAGCAUGGAGCGUACGCACCUUCCAGGACUUUCUCCCUCCACUGCCGCAGCUGCAUAAGAAGUGGUGCAGCUGGAACUCCACCAGUCCCUUCACCAAACUAGUGGACAGCGCUCCACCCAGUUUGGUAGCUGACUGCAGGGGGGGCGACAGCAGGAAGGUCCUCUCUGAUGCCCACCUGGAGACCAAGGCAGACAACAGCAUCAUCUCUGAUUCAUCCAUCAGCAAUGCCUCUUAUCCCCUUACGCAGCCCGCCCAGAGGCAGCGGCGUCUUAAUUCCACCAGCAACCUGCGACGCUCACGGUUCACAGGGCCUUGCUUUGGCCUCCUCUCCGGGACAGCAGACCCAACGAAGGCCUCCGGGGCUCCUCAUGCCCAAGGCUCCCCCUCAGAACCAAGCUCUGGCUCUUCUUCUUCCACCCAAUGUCAGAUUGGCGAGAGUGGCCAGAGUGGAAAGAGGCGUGAGUUCCCAGGUGAGGGCGAUCACAUCAGCGUGCCAGUGUUUGCCAUCUCUGAGGAGGAGGACCGACAGCCUCUGGUCUCAGCUGAGCACCUGGACCUGACCUCUGCCUCCGCCGUGCUGAAUGGAGUGGUUAAGGGGACAUAUGAGGGGAUGAGACCAGUCGUUGGAAGCACCAGCCUCAGCCCCCCGAGCCAGAGAGCCAGACCAGAGUGGAGGCCAUGGGGAAGCCAGGUGUCAGGAGGGGUUGGUCCACUCCCCUGCAACACACUCACCACCAUGACUGAGUCAAACACAGUCAGUGACAGCCAGUCAGCUCUCAGUCAGUCCACAGUGCUGUGCAGUGUAACCAACCAGAUGUGACUAGAGGGGCUUUAAGUUGGUGAAAAGAGCAGGGACUCUGGUGAGCCAGUUAUGUAUUUCUGCCACUUUGUGAAAUGUGUAACCUACAUCUUUAAUUUCUGAAAUCAACUUCUACAAAAAUGAUUACUACAUAUACUGUAGCCUCCUGCUGGUUAAUAUAUUCUCCUUACUCUAGUUGUUUUCUAUUUUUAUAAAGUUGUGUUUGGACAAAGAUGGAAUAAUAUGCUGCUUACUAUGCCAAGGCACUGACUGCUGUGGUAUUAUGUGUUCAAAAAAGAUAACUGAUUGCAAACAUGAACAAAAAAGUAUUUUCCUAAGUGAGUACUCCAUAACUGUUAGGAGCACUUUUUUUUAUAACGUUCAAUAACGAGUUUGACACUAUUCAGUGAGUUAUAACACUCCAACACUCCACUUCAUUGUGCCAGAUUUCUACUUUUUCCUUAAUGUGGUUCUUCAUGUGGUUGUGUUGUUUUUUUUUUUUUUAGCACAGGCUUAUACAAUUACUUAUUACCCAAAAGUGUUCUGCAGAGCAUAGUUUGUACAUUAAUAUUAAUUUUGCAACAGUGUAUGCAUACAGUAUGUACACCUAAGGCUGAUACUGGAUCAUAAAAGGGAAAUCAAAAUAAAGUAUAAACAUAUAGAGUACUAAUAUACACUUAUGUAGUAUAAAAGAGAAUUAGCAUUCAUAUUUAAAAUGAAUUAAUGUAUAGUUUUAAUAAAGGCUAUGUCAUUCA